UGUUUCGUUUUCUUUUCCAUUUUUAACGGCAUCUCUUCCAAAGAAGAGAAACGAGCGAACAAAGACACCGUGAUCAUGGUCUCCCUAGAUGGCAUGGGAUGGCAGUUCAUAAGUGGACAGUUUGCCGGUACUCCAAACUUAGAUGCAGUGGGUAGGAACGGAGUUCGAGCUAAGCAUACUUUCAAUGUUGUCCCAACAAAAACUUGGCCCACUCACCACUCCUACCUAACAGGUCUUUACCCAGAAAGCCACGGUAUUGUGUCCAACAAGUUCUGGGAUCCACUUUACCAAGAGAUGUACAUUUACGAUUACGACUGUUCGUCGAAGGAUCCCAAGUUCUAUAAGGCUGCCGAACCGAUCUGGCUGACGCUACAGAAACAAGGAGGAAAGAGCGGGUUAUAUUUCUGGCCCGGAGACGAAGGUUACACCGAAAAACCCACGUAUUAUGAGAAACCCUUUUGCCUUGUGAAUUGCAGUGCAAUUGAUUCGAAGGAUCUGCCUAAAUAAACACGCCCCACAUGGCCGAGUUACAUCCACUGUUUUCCUAAUUACACUGAGCCAUUCAAAAGCCGGUUGGAUAAGGUAAUUAACUGGUUCAAAUCUAAGGAACCACCCAAGUUUGUAGGGGUGUAUAUUGAUCAUCCAGACUGGGAGGGUCAUGAUUACGGCUCUCAUUCCAAACAGUAUAAGGAAGCCAUUGAGAAGGUUGAUCGAGAGGUCGUUGGUUAUCUGACUAAGCGCUUGCGUGAUGUUAACCUCAUUGAUAACGUCAAUUUAAUCUUUGUCAGCGAUAACAGCUUUAAUAACAUUUCUUCGGCCCGUCAAAUAUUUUUUGAUGAUUAUCUCGACCGAUCCGCGUACAUGAUGACAGAAUCAACAGCUCUGGGACAUAUCUGGCCAAAAGAUGAGAAGCUGGAGGAAAUAUUUGAAAAUCUCACAAAGGUAAAGAACCCACACAUGAAAAUUUACAAGAAACAAGACAUCCCCGAAUCAUUCCACUGGAAACACAAUCGCAGAAUACCCCCCACACUCAUUGAUCCCGAGUUGGGUUGGUCUGUCACACAAUCCCGCGGGAACCCAAACACAUCGUGGGUUUACGGGACACAUGGUUGGCCACCGCGGGAAAGUCAAAGCUAUCCGAUCUUUUUCGCACAAGGUCCUGCUUUUAAGAAGGGUUUCGAAGUUCAGCCGUCUAAUAUAGUUGAUUUAUAUCCUUUGAUGUGCCAUCUGCUUGGAAUUCAACCACAACCAAAUAACGGUUCAUUUGAAAAUGUUCGAGUUAUGCUGCGAGAG